AUGGCAGACACAACAUCUCUCCACGAUCUGGACUCCUUCCCCGCCACUCCGGAACCCGAGAUGCCUUUGACCGUCUCCCCCGCAGACACGUCUCUGGACUCCCCGGAAUCGAUGGAUGAGAAUAGUCAGGAUGACGAGAAGAAGCCCGCGAAGAAGAGGAAGUCCUGGGGUCAGGAACUCCCUGUGCCCAAGACCAAUCUUCCUCCACGGAAACGUGCCAAGACAGAGGAUGAGAAAGAGCAGCGUCGCAUCGAGCGGGUUCUUAGGAAUCGCGCCGCUGCCCAAACAUCCCGCGAGCGCAAGCGCCUGGAGAUGGAGAAGCUGGAGACCGAGAAGAUCCGCAUGGAGCAACAAAACCAGUUCCUCCUGCAGCGCCUCUCGCAGAUGGAAGCCGAGAACAACCGCCUGUCCCAACAGGUGGCUCAGCUCUCUGCCGAGGUGCGCGGCUCUCGCAGCAGCACCCCCGUCAAGGCCGGCUCGCCUGUCCACAACACCAACGCUCCUCCCACCACCAACAUGACUACCACCACCGACUCCCCCACUCUCACCCCCACCCUGUUCAAGCAAGAAGGCGAAGAACUCGCGAUGGAGCGCAUUCCGUUCCCCACCCCCUCCACCAUCACCCUCGACUACUCGCCUACACUUAAGCCCUCCACUCUGGCUGAGGCCUCCCCCGACGUGACACAACAUCCUGCCGCGAUGUUGUGCCCCCUAGACCUGCAGUGUCCGUCGGCGGCCUCGAAGGAGUCGGAAGCGGCGCCCUCCCGCUCUUCGACCUCGAGCUUUCAGCUCACUCUAGCAACGACGUUGCAGCUCCUCUUUCUGACGAUGACUUCCGCCGUCUUUUCCACAGUGACAUCCCCGCUCCUACGCAUCCUUCAUUCCCUGAAGACGGGUUCGCGUUUGGCGCUCUCGACGGCGGAGAUCUAUCAGCAUUUCCCUUUGAUUCACUGGUUGAUUUCGACCCCGAGUCUGUCGCCCUCGACGGCGGCGACCGGCCCAGUCUUCCGGAUGACCCUGCUCACCAGACUACUAGCAUGCAGCCCAGCCUUGGCGCGUCCGCUUCGAGAUGCGACGGGCAGAGCAUUGCAGCUAGCGGUUAGUGAGCAGAUUGUCAGCCCGCGUGGGACUGGGUCGGUUGACGCCGCGCAGGGCCGACCGACCUGGGAGUCGUUGUUAACCAUGGCGUGGGCAAUUGAUCGGAUCGACGCCCAGUCGCGACGACGCGCGCGGGCUAUGGCAUCACCGUCGACGGUGCUGGGUGGAAACGGGAUUGGCAAGUGCCACUCCCCGACGCUCAGUUCCGGCCGGCGACGCAGUUACGGAAAGAUGGGGUCUUCCCCUCAACAUCAUCAACGGAGUACGCGGAGUUCCUGGGGUUCUACGACGGGCACGGGUGAGACGAGAUCAUCUUUGCUUCUGGGUAAGCAACUAUGA